AUGGAUAUCUCUGAAGAAAAGCAACCUAUCCCCAGGAAGCAGUCCGCGAGCGGGGAACGCGUGUGCAUAAUUUCUGGAGCCUGGACUUCUGCCUGUGAAUACAGGGCCGUGCCGAUUGUUGAAGCAAUGAAUUCUGUCACCAUCGGUCAUUCUCAAUCAGCAUCAUGUCUCCAGGCGGAGAGCGAAGCCCACGCUGCUCCGGAAGGUCCAGCGAAUUCUACCCGACAGGGGCAAGGUUUCCGCCUUUGCCAGGUCUACCCUACUCUCCAGGAUAAGACCAAAACGGACAUCGACAUCAUUGCCAUCCAUGGCCUCGACACGAAGUCGCCGGACACCUGGAUAUGGCGGGCCAGUAGCUCUGAGGAGCACGGCAUAAACUGGCUAGCCCAUCCGGAUAUGCUCCCUGGCAAGGCAAAACGGGCUCGGAUUUUCUAUUGUGACUGGCCGGCCGACCUGCUUCAGAAGUCGGUCUCCAUCCCGACGACGCUUGAGGAAUCCGCUCGGUACUUGCUCGGAGGCCUCAGACAGCAUUUAGUAGCGAAUAGACAGGCAGGACAAGAACGACCUAUUCUCUUCAUAGCUUCGUGUCUGGGUGGCAUCAUCUUGAUAAAGGCUCUUGAAAUCGAUAAUAUCUAUGAUCGCGAUAAGUACGAUAUCGCUCCUCUUAGGAGGGCCACGCGUGGCAUCGUUUUCCUUGCCACGCCCUUCCGAGGGACUGCGUUCAAAGAUAUGCCCGACAUAAUCCUGAAGGCCUGGGCUUUGCUCCAAGACCAAACAGUGACCGCACUAAUUGAAUACACCAAGGGAGCGACAUCCAAUAUCGACGAUCUCGUGGACAAGUUUAUUCAGCUAAGGGGAGUGGAGGAUUAUAACGUGUUCGUCUUCUGGGAAGCUCGUAAGACCAGCCUUCUGCUGUUGGCUUCAGCCUGCGUACUGCACUGGUUUUCGCCUUGGAUAUUGGUCACACUCUUAAUACUUUGGCUAUGGGGGUUCUCGUCUUACCGACCCAAACUACUGGUCGAUGAGCACUCAGCGAAGCUGCCGGGUUUCGCAGGACAACGACUUGAACGAGUCCAUGUCCUAAUGAACAAGUUUAGCGGCCCUACUUGUAAAGAUUGGAAAGAAGUUGCGAGAAAAAUUGAAGAAAUUGUCACAAAAAUUCGUCAGGGAACUCCUCUGAAGCAAGCGGACGCCUGGAUACGUGACAAUCACUAUACCACAGAGAGGCUCGAGAUUGAACGACUCUCGGGUGACCUGCUGCCGAUGGAUCAGUGCUACAUCAAUCUCGCCAUUGUGGAGGGGCCGAGAAAAAUCGCAAAUUCUCUGGAGAACAUGUUAGAGAAACGAAACGCAGCUCCCCAGUCCUCCCCGUUUUCCCUUUUCGCCCGACUAAACGUUGAGACGCCCGACAAGAACAUUCAGGUCAAGUUGCCAUCACUGUUCAAUCCACGCAAAACUUCCGCCGAUCACACGAUACAGCCAAAGAGAAUUCUGAUUCGAGGUAGUGCCGGAGUCGGGAAGACUACCAUGUGCAAAAAGAUGGUCCAUGACUUUAAUCACGGAACAUGGAGCGAUUUGUUUGACCGCGUACUUUGGGUGCCUCUACGGAGACUGAAAGAGUGGUCGCCCCUACGAUAUAAUCUCGAGGAACUAUUUUCACACGAGUAUUUCGCUCAUCACGUGAGCCGCGAAAUUUUCGCCAAAGAACUGCUGCGCAUAGUCGAGUACCGCAAUGGUGGAAGGACUCUAUUUAUCCUCGAUGGUCUCGACGAAAUUUCGCAUGCCUUGGGCCGCGACGACCACAAGUCCGAUUUCCUUCGGAACCUUUUGGACCAGCCCAACGUCAUCAUUACAUCCCGGCCGCAUAUAUCACUUCCAGUGGGUGUUCGUUCUCCCGACCUCGAACUGGAGACGAUCGGAUUCUACCCAGAUCAGGUGAAGGAAUAUCUACAAAGUACCUUUACCGACCCAAAAGGAGUGGACGAGAUUCAAAUAUUUCUCCAAAGACAUCAGCUAAUUCAGGGUCUCGUACGGAUUCCGAUUCAACUGGAUGCGCUCUGUUACACCUGGGACUGUUUCGGUGGCAAAACUAUGCCGCAGACCAUGACCGACGUCUACAAAAGCAUCGAAGGAAAUCUAUGGAAGAAGGAUAUCUUGAGAUUGGAGAAAAAGCAUGAAGGGACGCCGGUGUUGUGGCCUGAUAUCGCCGACGAAGAUCGGGACAAAGUUGAAAGCUUCGACAGCGGUGAGAUCUACUUCCUUGAAGGCCUCGCAUUUACAGGGCUAUGCAACGAUGUAAUAGACUUUACACCAGAGCGUCGGAAAGCUAUGUCUAAGCAAUUCAAACCCGGCACAAAUAUCUUGCUCGACAGGACGCUUCCAUGCCUCUCUUUUCUGCGGACUUCGGACCCUUCAGCAAACGUCCGCAGUCGAAAUUACCAUUUUCUACACCUAACAUUCCAAGAGUAUUUUGCGGCACGGUAUUUUGUGCGACAGUGGAAAGCUCGGCAAAGGCUCAAAUGUCUGACACUAAACAGCGGAAAUAGUACACAAACCGAGCCUGUGAGUUUUCUUCAGAGGCACAAAUACAACGCUGGGUAUGAUAUCUUCUGGCGCUUUGUCGCUGGCUUGCUUGACGCCGAGGACGACGCAGAGACGCUCCGCUUCUUCCAAACAAUCGAAGAGGAGCCGUGCGACCUUCUAGGUCCCACACACCAGCGGCUAGUUAUGCAUUGCUUGAGCGAAGUGGUACUACAGAACGAGAUGUCGAGUUUUACGCCACUUCGAACGGAACUGGAAGAGCAGAUGUUACGGUGGCUGUUAUUUGAAUGCAAGUUUCGAGGGACAUCACAGUUGGCCCGCGAAAGGGAGCUUCCACAGAGGGUCCUGGGAAAAGCCUUCAAUCAAUCAUCUGACGAUGCAGGAGCCACACUUCUAGAAGCGCUAUCUAGGCAGCCAGAAAUUCCACCCAGUACCUUGGAACUGGCAGUCUCGUGGCUGAGGGAAAAUAUCUCUGAACGCAAAUGUCUUUCCAUCGUUACCAUGCUAAAAAGCCAACAAGGAACUUUGUCUUCCAAGGUGCUACAAGCGGUGGCGGCACGGCUCGGGGAUCUAAGUAGUUAUGUCCGACAGGCGGCAGUCGAGGUGCUUAGAAGGCGAUCAGAGUUGCCUUACGAGGUGCUACAAGCGGUGGUGGCGCGGCUAGAUGAUCAAAACAGUUCUGUCCAACAGGCGGCAGUCAAUGUGCUCAAAAGGCAACCAGAGCUACCUUACGAGGUGCUGCAAGACGUGGCGGCUCGCCUCGAGGAUCCAGUCAAUGAUGUCCGACAGGCGGCAGUCGAGGUGCUCGGAGGCCGACUGCAGCUACCUGUCGAGAUGCUACAAGCCGUGGCGGCACGGCUGGAUGAUCAAGCCUGGCUUGUCAAACUGGCGGCAGCUAAGGCGCUUAUAAGGCGAUCAGAGCUACCUUACGAGGUGCUACAAGGCGUGGCGGCACGGCUCGAGGAUCAAGACCGGUCUGUCCGAAAAAUGGCAGUCGAGCUGCUUGGCGGCCGACUAGAGCUACCUUCCGAUAUGCUACAAGCGGUGGCGGCGCGGCUCGAUGAUCAAGACUGGGUUGUCCGACAGAGGGCAGUCGAGGUGCUCGGAGGCAGACUAGAGCUACCUUCCGAGAUGCUACAAGCUAUAGCGGCACGGCUCGAUGAUCAAGACAUUUCUGUCCGACCGGUGGCAGUCAAGGUGCUCGGAGGCCGACUAGAGCUACCUUCCGAUAUGCUACAAGCGGUGGCGGCGCGGCUCGAUGAUCAAGACUGGGUUGUCCGACGGGCGGCAGUCGUGCUCGGAGGCCGACCAGAGCUACCUUCCGAUCUGCUACAAGCGGUGGUGGCGCGGCUAGAUGAUCAAGACAGUUCUGUCCGACGGGCGGCAGUCAAGGUGCUCGGCGGCCGACUAGAGCUACCUUCCCAGUUGCUACAAGCGCUGGCGGCACGGCUCGGGGAUCUAAAUAGUUAUGUCCGACAGGCGGCAGUCGAGGUGCUUAGAAGGCCAUCAGAGUUGCCUUACGAGGUGCUACAAGACGUGGCGGCACGGCUCGAUGAUCAAUACAACUCUGUCCGACAGGCGGCAGUAGAGGUGCUCGGAGGCCGAUCAGAGCUACUUUCCGGGCAAGAUGCGGUGGCAUGGCUCGUGGAUCAAGGCAGGCUUGUCCGACAGGCGGCAGUCGAGGUGCUCGGAGGCCGACCAGAGCUACCUUCUGAGGUGCUACAAGACGUGGCGGCACGGCUCGAGGAUCAAGAUAGGUUUGUCCGACAGGCGGCAGUCGAGGUGCUUAGAAGGCCAUCAGAGCUGCCUUACGAGGUGCUACAAGUGGUGGCGGCGCGGCUCGAUGAUCAAGACUGGGUUGUCCGACAGAGGGCAGUCGAGGUGCUCGGAGGCAGACUAGAGCUACCUUCCGAGAUGCUACAAGCUAUAGCGGCACGGCUCGAUGAUCAACACAGGCUUGUCCGACAGGCGGCAGUCAAUGUGCUCAGAAGACAAUCAGAGCUAUCUUCCGAUGUGCUACAAGCCGUGGCCGCGCGGCUGGAUGAUCAAGAUAAUGAUGUCCGAAAGGCGGCAGUCCUGGUGGUUAGAUGGCGAUCAGAGCUACCUUACGAGGUGAUGCAGGUCGUGGCUGAACAGCUCGAGCAUUCAGACAAUGAUGUCCGACGGAACGCAGUCUUCGUGCUCGAAGGGCAAUCAGAACUGCCUUACGAGAUACUACAAGCCGUGGCGGCACGGCUCGAGGAUCAAGAUGAGGAUGUCCGACGGAUAGCGGUCAACGGGCUUAGAGGCCGAUCAGAGCUGCCUUUCGAGGUGUUGCAAGCCGUGGCGGCACGGCUCGAGGAUUCAAAGGAGAUUGUAAAAGAGACGGCAGUCCGCGUGCUCACAUUUCAACCGUCCCUGCCCUCCGAUGUCGUCAACCGCCGUAUGCAAUCUUUAUACCUGAUUUUGCUACGGAUAUGCUUUGAGGAACAUCUAGUUUGGUAUAUUGCGGAUGAUAUAUCCUACAUAGUAGCAGCUCACAGAGAGAUUCCUCUAAAGGGCCACCAAGCUCCGUUGAGUGACGUGAUUCGGGAAACGCGGAACGACUUGAGCAUUCCUUUACCCAACUGCGAUCGGCCUCUUUAG